UACAGUACGUUUGGCUGGCAGCAUUUUGAAGAACUCGGUGUCGCCUUGGGGCUGUCGGCGAUGGGGUUGACCAAACAGUACCUGCGUUAUGCGGCGACCGCGGUGUUCGGGGUGAUCGGCAGCCAGAAGGCCAACAUCGCCUAUGUUACCCUCCGAGGAGGAGAGAGGGGACGGCAUGUCGCAGUGGCUGCAUGCGAACACGUGUUUAUCUGGGACGUGCGAAAAGCAGAGAAGGUCCUGAUUCUACAGGGGAACAAACACGAGGUGACUUUCCUCUGCCCCUCUCCGGACGGCGUCCAUAUUGCUGUGGGUUAUGAAGAUGGCACUGUGCGGCUCUUCAGCCUGUUGAGUGGGGAGAGCAACGUCUCCUUCAACGGUCACAAGUCAGCCGUCACUGUUAUCCACUAUGACACACUAGGGGCACGGCUUGUGACCGGCUCCAGAGACACAGAUGUGAUUGUGUGGGACAUCAUCAAUGAGUGUGGACUUUACAGGCUGAAAGGCCACAAAGAUGCCAUCACAGAGGCCCUGUUCCUCAAGAAUAAGAACCUUCUCCUUACAAGCUCCAAGGACAAUUUUGUGAAAUGGUGGGACCUGGACACACAGCACUGCUUCAAGACUAUGGUGGGCCAUCGCAGUGAGGUGUGGGGCAUGGUGCUUCUGAACCAGGAGAACAGGCUAUUGACUGGGUCUGCAGACAGUGAGCUCAGGGCAUGGGAUAUCACGUACCAGCAGGAGGCAAAAGCAGAGGGAGAGCCUGAGGAUAAAAAGGGAAAAACUUUGCUUGAUGAUGAAGAACUUAAUGAGGAAAGGCUGGAUGAAAGCCCUGAAGAGAGUAUUGUAAGGUGUAAGAAAGCAGGUUCCAUCCUCAGAGAAACCAGGGACAGGGUUGUUUCAUUGACGACAGAUGCCAAGGCCAGAGUCAUUGCUUGCCAUGGUAAUGAAUCUGUACUGGAGCUCUUCACUGUGCUGUCAGAGGAGGAAGUGGAGAAGAAGAUGACAAAGAAGCUGAAAAAGGCCAAGAAGAAAGCAGCCAAGGCUCAAGAAGGUGCAGGCGAGGAGGCUUCAGAACCAGUGGUGGAAAAGAUGCUGAAAGAUGAGAUUAUCAGGCUGACAAACAUCAAGGCUUCUUCCAAGAUCAGGUGGGUGGACUGCUUGUGUUGUGUGGGCAAUGAGCUGAGGGUGGCGCUGCUGCUUCAAAACAACACCGUGGAGACCUACAGUCUCAAGAUGUCAGACACACCAACACCCACAGCCAAUAAGACUGCUCGUCUCACUUUGGGUGGUCACCGCACAGAUAUACGCACCCUGGCCUUCAGCUCUGACAACCUGGCCAUCCUCUCUGCAUCCGGAGAAACGGUUAAAGUGUGGAACAGGUCUACACUGCAGGUGAUUCGCACGAUGGCCUGUGAGUACGCUAUCAGCUCUGUCUUUGUGCCCGGGGACCGACAAAUCAUCCUAGGAACAAAGAGUGGUAAGCUGCAGAUCUUUGAACUGGCCUCAGGAAGCCUCCUAGAGACAGUGGAUGCCCACAAUGGAGCCCUGUGGUCGCUCUGUCUGGCCCCAGACCAGAGGAGUAUUGUGACGGGAGGUGCAGACAAGACAGUCAAGUUCUGGGACUUUGAGCUGGUCAGGGAUCAGGAGGCUGGGCAGAAGAAGCUAACUUUGAAACACACACGCACCCUGCAGCUGGAAGAAGACGUCCUGUGUGUGAAGUUCUCUCCCAACCAUCGGCUCCUGGCGGUCUCCCUGCUAGACUGCACCGUCAAAGUCUUCUACACAGACACGCUGAAGUUCUUCCUGUCCCUGUAUGGACACAAACUGCCUGUACUUUGCCUGGACAUCUCACACGAUAGCUCCCUGAUAGUGACUGGCUCUGCCGACAGAAACGUGAAGAUCUGGGGCCUAGACUUUGGUGACUGUCACCGCUCCAUGUUUGCUCAUGAUGACAGUGUCAUGUUCCUCCAGUUUGUCCCCAAAACCCAUCUGUUCUUUACGGCGGGGAAGGAUAAGAAGAUCAAGCAGUGGGAUGCUGACAAGUUCGAACACAUCCAGACACUAGAGGGCCAUCACAGGGAGGUGUGGUGUCUGGCCAUCAGCCCCAGUGGGGACCACAUCGUCUCCUCAUCCCACGACAAGUCCCUGCGUCUAUGGGAGAGAACCAGGGAGCCCAUCAUCCUGGAGGAGGAGAGGGAGAUGGAGAGAGAAGCAGAGUUUGAAGAGAGCAUGGCCAAAGGAGAUGAGCCUGUGGUCCCUGGAGAGACUCAAGGAGAGGCAGCGCCAGCUGGCAAGAAAACUGUUGAGACGGUCAAAGCUGCAGAACAAAUCAUGGAGGCUCUGGAGCUCUACCGAGAGGAAAACAGGAAGAUGGAAGAGCACAAAUACGCUUGUGAGAAUGCAGGCAAACAGUUACCUCCACCCAAACCCAACCCCAUCCUUGUAUUUGGGAAUGUUUCACCAUCUCGCUAUGUUUUAGACGUCAUAAAGAAGGUCAGGUCCAGUGAGCUGGAGGUAUCUUUGCUGGUGCUGCCAUUCCCUUACAUCCCUGAGCUGCUGACACUCUUUAACAGCUACAUCCAGCAGGGCCUGGAGGUGGAGCUAGUCUGCCGCUGCCUCUUCUUCCUGCUAAGGAUACAUUUUGGCCAAAUCACCAGUAACCAGAUGCUGCUUUCUGUCAUAGACGAGCUGAGGACCAACACCGUCUCAAAAGUGCGCGAAAUAAGAGACCUGUUUGGCUUCAAUGGUGCAGGCCUCCAGUUUCUCCAGCGAGAGAUUGAGAGCAAGGAAGACGUGAUGUUCUUUGCAGAUGCCACCGGCCGCCUGGAGGAAAAGACCAGGAAGAGGAGGAAGAGGGAACGCACCAUCCUCACCAUCACCUAAUCAAUGGCAGAUUUGGCAGACUGUUUUUCCUAUCGAUAUCCUGGCUUAUCAGCGUGAGCUGUUUUCACUGGGGUGGGCCGGGGGGAUGAAUUUUUUUUUUUUUUACAUGAACUGCUGAAAGAUUGUGAUAUAAUGAAACUGUUUGUAUUAAAUGACA